AUGGGCCGCCGCGCGCCGUCGUCAGCGGCGACGUCCUCGCCGGAGCUGCGGAGGAAGCGGACGGCGGCCGCGCCGCCCGGCUCGCCGCCGGAGCCGCGGCGCUACUGCUCGAUCUCCGACGUGAUGCGCCGGUCGCGCCCCGUGAACGCGCCGCCGCCCGUGGCGCGCCCGCGGUACGAGGUGGUCCUCUGCGAGGCCUGCGGCGCGGGGGACCGCGACGAGGAGCUGCUCCUCUGCGACCUCUGCGACCGGGGCCGCCACACAUACUGCCUGCGCCCCAUCCUCGCCGCCGUCCCGCUCGGCCCCUGGCUCUGCCCCGACUGCGCGCCGCCACCCAAGCCCAUCAUCCAUUUCCCGCUGAAGCAGAAGAAGAUCGUAGAUUUCUUCAGGAUUCAGAAGUGCGCCGACGAACCCCAGCCGGCGAAAUGCGGCCUUCCGCAAGAUGCUAAGAGGCGAAGGAGGCGUUCUAUUGUUAUGAUGAAGAAGAAACGGAAGAUGCUUCCAUUUGUCCCAACUGAAGACAGAGUUCAAAGGCUCAAACAAAUGGCUUCUGCAGCCACUGCUUUGACAUCUUCUAAGAUGGAGUUCAGCAAUGAAUUAACUUAUGUUCCUAGUAUGGCCCCUAAAUCUGCCAAUCAAGCAAAACUGGAGGAAGGUGGUAUGCAGGUUCUGACGAAAGAGGAUAAAGAAACCAUAGAACUUUGCCGAAGCAUGCAGAGAAGAGGAGAAUGCCCUCCGCUUCUUGUGGUUUUUGAUUCACAUGAGGGCUUCACUGUGCAGGCUGAUGGGGAUAUCAAAGAUAUGACCUUCUUAGCGGAAUACGCUGGCGAUGUUGAUUUUCUAGAGAACAGGGCAAAUGAUGACUGUGAUAGUAUAAUGACCCUGCUGUCGACAGCUGAUCCUUCCAAGAAGCUUGUUAUUUGCCCUGACAAACGUGGAAACAUAGCUCGCUUCAUUAAUGGCAUCAACAACCACACUCCAGAUGGCAAGAAGAAGCAGAAUGUCAAGUGUGUGAGGUACAGCAUCGACGGCGAGAGCCAUGUCCUGUUGGUGGCCUGCCGUGAUAUCGCCUGUGGAGAGAAGCUGUACUACGAUUACAAUGGACAUGAAUAUGCGUACUCAACGCAUCAUUUCAUUUGACAGUUCCCAAAUUUUUUGACAUGCCCAACAUUCAGAAGAGGAUAGGGAUUAAUGGCGGCAUUUUCAGCAUUGCCGGCGAAAUCCAAUAACUUAUAUACAGUUUGAUUUUCAGAGGGGGUCCCCAGAUGGUGGAAAAGGAUAGGUGCUGGUGUUGUUAGUGGCGAAAGCGUUCAUUUGGCCAUGGAGAGAAGACAAAUGGGAUCUCAUUAAUUUUUUCAUUUUUAUUGCGUAGUUCCUGCUCACCGUGAGUCUUUCAGGGAUCAAUAUCCCUUUCUAUAGGAGUAUAUAUAUCCUCCCAUGUCUCUAUAUCUAUCUAUGAGUAGUUGCUCCCAAUUAGAGGCACAUCUGAAAUUGGGAAAAAAAAUAUUUCACCCCAUUUAUUGGGUGGUGGUGCUCUGUUAAAUUUGUGUAAUCGGAUCAAAUUCUUAUUCAAAUAUUUAUA